AUGAGUUACAAUAGCAGAGAUAUUGCGCUUGCUUUUGCUCAAUUUCUUCCAUCUAUGGUCAAAUUGGAUGAACUUCAAAAAAUGACCGAAGAUUUGGAUCAAGAACUCGCUGAAUCGCAAAAAAUUAUGAAAGAAAUUAAAGCUAUGUUUGAUAGCGUACCGAAAACCAGCCCCACAAAUAAAAGUAACGGGCAAGACAACAUUUUAAAACAGGAAGACAUGUCUCAAUUCCUUGAGGCUAAUGUUCCAAAAUUACUGAUGCCCGAUAUGCCGGAAAACACAGUGGAUGUAGAUUUGGAUCGUGUUAUAUCUACUAUGAAAAGUUACGCUGAAGAUUUGAAAAAAAAAAUUGUAACAUCCCAGUCUCAACCAAUGAGUAACCAGAGGAAAUUUGAAAAUUUAGAUUUAGAACAAUAUGCAAAAAGUUUUGACCAGCUGGCUAAACGUUUGGCUAAUGUCAAACUUAACAAGAAAGAUGGAGCCAACAACAGAAAUGCAGAUUUGGAAUUAAAAUUGGCGCAAUUAUGUCAAGAUGUCCACUUGUUCAAUCAGAUGGUCGAAACGAAAACAUCUCUAAGUGAAAGUAAUAAAAACUGGACCAAUAACCAGCUGGACAAUGCUUUGUAUUAUGAUAACAUCAUUAAUAAAUUAUUGAACGGAAUCAAUGAAGUAACAUAUUUAUUGAAGAGUAAAAAUUAA